UUGGCGCAUCACAUGCAACGGUACCAGCCGCUUGGUUUGUAAUGCAUAUGGUAUCUUUCCAUUGAUACGGGUAGGCGGAUAAUUGACACCUGCAAGCCCUUGGUUAAAAGGAGAGUGGGAGAGUCUGAGAGCCUUAUUUGAUUGUUUAUUUGCAAACCAUGUCGAGAAAGAAAUGUUCCUCCCUUUUCCUGGUGUUAUGGCUCCUUUCAGUUGUUUUCGCUGUCCAUGGAACGGAGGAUGGCGAUCCCGUGACGGAAGAACGCAUUAUUGAAGCCAAGUUGGAUCUGUGGUCUCGUGGAGCCUUUCAAUUUGGAGAUCAAGAAGGAAACAAUGAUGAUUCAGACUUGCUACUUCUCCAAUCCUUGCAAGAACAAGUUCACAUGGCUCCCUUGCGAUUGGGGCCCGUACGUCAAGUACGAAGAGACACACUACGAGAACAAAAACAACAAACUACUAGCAGCAGCAGCAACAACGGGUGGUUGGAUCAACUACUAUCCAUGCGCGGUGGUGAUGCCGCCACCACGACCGCCGACCUGCAAAAACUCGGGGCACAAUUGGGACCUGACUUUGUGGCCGCCAUUGCACAGAAUGAAAAGGAUCAUGCCCAAGACUGUCAAAAAAGCUGCGAAAUGUUUUAUUGUGCUCAGGAGGAACCCACGGUUUCCAUAAGUGCCCUCCUACACAAUGAUGCCACCAAAGUGGCGUCCUAUUCCAUGGGAGCGGUUCCCCCCGAAGAUUUUGCACAAGAUUUUGGGUUCCCUUUGGAUCUCAUCAAGGUUACCCAAGAUUUGCCACUCUUUUCGGCUGAGGAGGCAGCUCGUGUCAUUGAAAAUGCCGAAGCUGAGGGUGUACAUGAGAAUGAAUACAAAAGUGGAAAAUACCAACUUGGAGGAGAUUGGUUGAUCAAUCUUCCCAACACACGAAAAUGGUUCAACGAACGAUUAGAGAGCACAUUCUUUCCUCUCUUGGCACACCUGUUCCCGGAAGUAAUCAGUUCACCUGCUGUGUUGCGGGCUCACUCGGUCAGCUUGCUCAAGUACAAUUCUAGUCAUCCCCGGACAGAUGUGCACAUUGACAAUGGCAUCUUGGCUCUUACCAUUGCCAUGACUCCACAGGAUCAAUACCAAGGUGGAGGCACCUUUUUUGAACACAUGGGAGUGGAAAAUGUGCUUGAAAUGGAUGUGGGUCAUGGAACUUUCCGGCCGGGGUCGGUGCGACAUGGAGGGCAUCGAGUUACCGGUGGAACUAGAUACAUUCUAGGAGCCUUUCUAUUGCUAAAAGACAAGGUGGAACAUGUCCGGCGACUCAAAAACAAGGGAAGCGAACUUCGAAGGACCAACGAUCUCGAGACGGCCGCCAAAUACUUUGAAUGGGCACUGGCCAUCAAUCCAAAGUGCACCACCUGCCUUAAAGAUUGGGCCGAAAUCCUCCAUAGCCAAAAGAAAUUUGACGAAGCAGAGGCAAAGAUACGCCAAGCGCUCGAGUUGUUGGAAAACAAAGAUUCGGAUGCACUGUUCACCCUGGGAGUGUUGCUUUCCGCACAAGGACGUGAUGACGAGAGCAUUGAGGCGUAUCAGCAGAGCGUGAAAUUGAACGCAGAAGAUGCCGAGCUCUGCUAUAACCUGGGCAUCAAGUUGGGAGCCAAGGGCAAGACACAAGAAGAAAUGGAAAUGUACGCCAAAGCAGUUCAAGCUGACCCCAAGUUUGGUGGGGCGUGGCUGAACUGGGGAACGUCUCUUGCAGAGAGAGGCAAUCUGGACGAGGCCGAAACAAUGUUCCUAAAGGCUGUGGAGUGUGAUGCGGAAGUCGCCGCAAAAGCAAUGUUCAAUCUGGGGCUUUUGUACAGCGAGAAGGCCAACCAGCUCGCUCAAGCUGGCGAGAUAAAGGAAGCGAAGAGUUACGCAUUAAAGGCGUCGGACUUUGUGGACGCCGCCAAGCCUAUCCUGGAAGAGUUGGCCGCAAAAGGCAAAGGUGGUGUCGACAUUGCAAACUAUAUCAAUCAACUCAAACCACUUCGGUUACGAUGUCAUCGCAUGGUCGGUCAGCUUUUGGCCUCUGAGGGAGACAUGGCUGCAUGCGAACAUGAGUUUCGAAAGGCCACAGAAAGCUUUCCAUCAGAUCCGUCAGCCUGGCAAAUGCUUGGCCGAGUGCUUGAAAUGCAAGGGAAGGCUAACGAGGCGAGCGAAGUAGCCGAAAAGGUGAAGACAAUCAUCGCCACGAGUGGAUGGAAAUAGGUGCAUUGUUAAGAGGCAGUCAACUUCCUAUGCAUACCGUAGUUCCGAGAGAACUAUCCUAUUUGCGUUGAGUUGGCUACCGUACCCACUUGAGAGUUCCGCCAUGAUUGUAUUCUGAAAGGAGACGGAGAAGGAACCAAACAUGCACGAAUGGCCCACCAACUCUUCGACGCCUCCCGCGGGAAUUCCCUUGCACGGCUGAAUCGAAUCGAAUCGUCGUCAUAUUGACGACUUCUCCCAUUGCACAUGCUAUCGAAAGCAUAAAGAGGGAUAUCCCAUCUGAUUGAAUUUUCCUUUUGGUCCCUCAUCCAAACACAUUCAUUUAACGAGUACAUAGAUCUGCCAGCUUUGCAUCAC